AUGGGCAGGGGAAGAAGAGAUUCAUUGGUUCAAAACAUUGCAGCAAAUGCGAAUUCAAACACAGUUGGUACAUUGCCAGAGUUAUUCGACGAUCAAAAACUGCGUGACAAGUUGGAUGAACUACGGAAGGUGGUUACGAUAAAGGCUGCUGCUAAGAAAGAAAACAAAACGUUAGUGGUGUAUGAGAAACUUCCAGUAAAUGAUUAUAGCUGUUAUGAAGAAUAUCUUUCGUGCUUGAAUACUAAGUCCUUGGAGUUGCAGAAGGUCCUCGACCAAACUUUUCAGAUCAACCAGCAAUUGGGUGAUUUAGUUUCCAAAUUCAACGAAAUUUCUGUCCAGGCACGGCAUUUUAAAAGCACUACGAAUUCAGUGUACACCAAGUAUCAGGAAAUGGAAUCUCUACAUCAAACGCUAUCAGAGGAGCUAACUUACUUUGAAAAUUUGGAUCCUGUAGUGCGUAAGCUGAACCGUUCCGUAUCAGCUAAUUCUGUCAAAAAGGAAUCAUUUAAGCAAACCUUGACUAAGAUUGAUAGAUCUUUAGAAUUUCUGGAUGCUCAUCCAACCUAUAAGGAUGCAGAUUCUUACAAGGUACGUUUCAAGCAAUGUGUGAUUCGUGCAUGCGGUUUGAUUUCUAACUAUCUGGAUAAUUUACUCAAUAAUAUGCAUAAUGAUCUAAAGUCCCAGCUCUCCAUCCUUUCUAAUGGUUCUGCUAGCUCUACUACAAAGGAAGCCCUUUUGUACAACAAGUUUGCCACCAUUUCUGAAGAACACUAUACGCAAGUUAACAUUAUGGUUGAUCGUGUUACCAGGAAACAGAACUAUAAUUAUAGCGAUGAAUUGAAUGCCAUGCUUGCCGAGUGCUACGAAAGGUAUUUCCACAUGAGGAUGGCCCUACUGCGUCCAAGUAUUUUUGUGCAAUUGGAAAAGGAAAACAAGAACGGCGGUGAAGUCAGGUUAGUUAACUUUAUUCAGAAUAACAUUCUAUUUUUUAGUCAAUUGUGUGAAAAGGAGUAUGAAUUAUUUAUUAAAUUUUUCCCUGAGGAUACUGGCAAGGAUAGGGCUAAUGAUUGGUUUCAGCAGGUGUGUGAGCCGCUUCAAGAGGCAGUGCGCACGCGAGUGCUGCGGGAAAGCUCAAUACCCAAUUUAUGUGAGGCCAUCACUUUGCUCAAUAGCUACUAUCAGUUUGAAGAUAACUCACUGGAGUACGAAAUGCGUUUCGGGAAAAUAAAGUUUGAUAAGCUUUUUGAGCCAAUGCUACAGGAUACGCAGUCCAGGUUGGUUUUCCGUUCGCAAGCCUACAUUGACCAAAAAGUGGUGAAAUACAAACCAAAUAAGGAUGCUUUCGUGAUCAAACAUCGGCGUGAUAAAAAUGGUAUAGAAAAAAAGGAGCUCGAUCCAGACGAUGGCGCACUAUUGGGCGAGUUUUUAAAGGUUUAUGAGGUUGUCGAUGAAUCUGGAAUUAUUAGUAACCCAAUGCAAGCCAUUUAUCCUCCUCUGCUUUAUUCAUUGGCAUUACUUUCCAAGAUAUACCAUCUAGUAAAUUCCUCAGUAUUUGAUGAUUUGGCCCACCACAUUGUGCACGAUUGUAUCGACUCGCUCAAGUCUGCUUAUCAACUAUUGUCUGAAACAACACGCACAAGGAACUUGGAUAUACAGUUAUCCUACCUGAGUAAUCUCCUGGUGCUACGUGAUCAAAUACAAAACUUCGAUAUUCAAUACAUCAGUAACGAGACAUAUCUUGACUUUUCUGGUAUCAGUGGUCUAAUUCACUCCAUCAGAGGUAAAUCCGUUCGACGCACGUCAGCGCCAUCCGUCCUAAGCCUUGCACGUGAAACUGUACCUAAGGUAGUGAAUAAUAUGAUCGAUGCGAGGUCUGAGCUGCUGAUAGAAUUUAGAAACCUUGUAAAGGACUCUGCCGAAUCCGCAUCAAAAGACAUCAUAGAGAAUAACCUUAAUUACAACUCCGCAGAUGAAAUACUUGAAGGCAAUUCUAAGCUAACUACUGCCAUUCAUGAACAACUUCCAAGAGUCUAUAGCCAGUUGACCAGCAUGGUUAGUGAUAGUCGUGUAGUAACGCACAUUUUCAGCGAAAUCCAACAACUCAUUAUCACUGCUUAUUCCGAAUUCUAUGAUAAAGUCAUCAGCGAUGUGUCUGCAGGAAAACUCGACGACACAAUUAUAUCGGAAAUAAUGAACGUUGAUGUAUUCACGGAUUUCGUCAAAAGCACCGCAAGUGAUAUUUGUAAGUCUCAGGAAGGAUCCUCAGGCCAGUCAGAGUAA